AUGGAAAGUGAGGUUUUCAGCCCCCUGCUGGAGCACUUCAUGCUGUCACCACUGGUCUGCUGGGUGAAGACAGUGGGACAGCCCAUGGUGACAGAUGGCAGCAAACUGUCAGAAUAUGUGCAAUUAUUGGAUGGUGUUUACCUCAAUGAGGUCAUGCUAGAGAUAAAUCCCAAAGCUACAGUGCAGAGGACCAACAAGAAGGUGAACAAUGAUCCAACCCUUCGCAUCCAGAACCUUUCCAUUCUCAUUAGGCAGAUCAAAGCCUACUAUCAGGAGACGCUCCAGCAACUGGUGAUGAUGCCCCUACCCAAUGUGUUGGUCCUGGGCCGGAACCCUCUCACUGAGCGAGGUCUGGAGGAGAUGAAGAAAUUGCUGUUGCUGCUGCUCGGCUGUGCUGUACAGUGUGAGAAAAAGGAAGACUAUAUCGAACGCAUCCAGAUUCUGGACUUUGACACCAAAGCUGCCAUUGCCUCCCACAUCCAAGAGGUAACACACAACCAGGAAAAUGUGGUGGACCUACAGUGGCUAGAGAGCGGGGAGAUGCCUGCUGAGGACCUGGCCAGUUUAUCCAGAAAUUUGGCCUUUCAUCUCAAACACGCAGUGGACGACAGGGACAUGCAACUAGAGACAAUCGUGGAGCUCACCCAGGAACGAGACUGCAUUCAGCUAUCCCCGCUGGGUGCCGGCCCGGCUCAGUCGCCUAAUGGUUCCCCCAGCAUGAGGAGGACGGAGAGUCGUCAGCACCUGUCUGUGGAGCUGGCUGAUGCCAAAGCCAAGAUUAGGCGUCUGCGGCAGGAAUUGGAAGAGAAAAGUGAGCAGCUUCUAGAUACACGGCAGGAGCUGGAGAACAUGGAGUUGGAGCUCAAGAAGAUUCAGCAGGAGAGUUACCAGCUUCUGUCAGACGCUCGCUCGGCCCGGGCAUACCGCGAUGAACUGGACGCCCUCCGCGAAAAAGCAGUACGUGUGGACAAGCUGGAAAGUGAGCUGACCCGCUAUAAAGAGAGACUCCAUGACAUCGAGUUCUACAAGGCCAGAGUGGAGGAGCUGAAAGAGGACAACCAGGUCCUGCUGGAGACCAAAACCAUGCUAGAGGAGCAGUUGGAUGCGAGCAGGAGCCGAUCGGACAAAUUGCACCUCCUGGAGAAGGAAAAUCUGCAGCUGAAGUCCAAAAUACAUGAUCUGGAAAUGGAGCGAGAUUUAGAUCGUAAGCGAGUGGAAGAGCUUUUGGAGGAGAACCUGGUCCUGGAAAUGGCCCAGAAACAGAGUAUGGAUGAGUCUUUACAUCUGGGCUGGGAGCUGGAGCAACUAUCUAAAACACCAGAGCUGACUGAGGCCCCACAAAAGUCCCUUGGCGAAGAGGUGAAUGAGCUGACGUCCAGUCGGCUGCUGAAGCUGGAGAAGGACAACCAGACACUCCUGAAGACUGUGGAGGAGCUCCGUGGCGGCGCUGGUCCAGAUUCGGUGGCCAAAUUUGGGAAAGUCACCCAAGAGAACCAGAGACUCAACCAAAAACUGCAGCAUUUGGAAAGCGAACUGGCAACGGAAAGAGAGUCGCUCCGCAGUGCUGAGUCUUUGAGCACGGACUUGAUGAAGGAGAAGGCUUUGCUGGAGAAGACACUGGAAACACUGCGAGAAAAUUCAGAGAGACAGCUGAAGGGUCUAGAGCAGGAGAAUAAGCACUUGAGCCAGACUGUGUCAUCCCUGCGACAGCGCAGCCAGGUCGGCGCUGAAGCUCGCGUCAAAGACGUGGAGAAGGAGAACCGCAUCCUCCACGAGUCCAUUUGCGAAACGACAAGCAAGCUCAACAAGAUGGAGUUUGAGCGGAAACAGCUGAGAAAAGAACUGGAGGCCGUGAAGGAGAAAGGCGAGAGAGCGGAGGAAUUGGAGAUUUUUGUACAGAAGCUGGAGCGGGACAAUGAGAGUCUUCAGAAGAGAGUGGCCACUCUAGGAAUCACAUGUGAAAAGGUGUCGGCGUUGGAGAAGGAAAACACCGAUCUGGAAGCAGAGAGCCGGCGCCUCAAGAAGAAGUUGGACGCUCUGAAGAACAUGGCCUUCCAGCUUGAGGCUCUGGAGAAAGAGAACUCUCAGCUAGAGCAAGAAAACCUAGAGGCGCGGCGUUCGGCCGAGAGUUUCCGCUCGGCAGGCGCCAAGGCCGUGCAGCUGGAGGCCGAGAACAGGGAGUUAGAGAGUGAGAGGAGCCAGCUCAAGCGAAGCCUGGAGCUCCUCAAGGCAACUUCCAAAAAGACGGAGAGAUUAGAAGUGAGCUACCAGGGCUUGGACACAGAGAACCAGCGCUUGCAGAAGGCGCUGGAGAACAGCAGCAAGAAGAUCCAACAGCUGGAGACCGAACUGCAGGAAGUGGAGACUGAGAACCAGACCCUCCAACGGAACCUGGAGGAGCUCAAGAUCUCCAGCAAGCGCCUGGAGCAGCUGGAGCAUGAGAACAAGACUCUGGAGCAGGAGAGCUCCCAGCUGGAGAAGGACAAGAAGCUCCUGGAGAAGGAAAACAAGCGGCUGAGGCAGCAGGCCGAGAUCCGGGACUCCAAGCUGGACGACAGCAACCAGCGCAUCUCCACCCUGGAGAAGGAGAACCGCACGAUGGGCAAGGAGAUGAUCUUCUUUAGGGAUUCGUGCACGCGCGUCAAAGACCUGGAGAAGGAGAAUAAGGAGCUGGUCAAACAAGGCACCAUCGAUAAGAGGACGCUCAUUACACUUAGAGAGGAACUCGUGAGCGAGAAGCUUCGCACUCAGCAGAUCAACAACGACUUGGAGAAACUGACGCACGAGCUAGAGAAGAUUGGACUGAACAAGGAGAGGCUGCUACUGGACGAGGGCUCCGAUGACAGAUUUAAGCUUCUGGAAAGUAAACUGGAGUCCACGCUGAAGUCCUCAUUGGAGAUCAAAGAGGAGAAGAUCGCCGCCCUGGAGGCCAGACUGCAGGAGUCGUCCAAUCUGAACCAGCAGCUCCGGCAGGAACUCAAAACCGUGAAAAAGAAUUAUGAGGCGCUGCGUCAGAGGGAAGAGGAGGAGAGGAUGGUGCAAAGCUCGCCCUCUCGUGGCGGAGAAGACCCCCAGGCGCUCAGUAAAUGGGAGAAGGAGAGCCACGAGGCCACCAGGGAGCUGCUCAAAGUCAAGGACAGGCUUAUCGAGGUGGAGAGGAAUAAUGCCACAUUGCAAGCAGAGAAGGCAGCACUGAAGAGCCAACUGAAACAACUGGAGACUCAAAGCUCCAACCUGCAGGCUCAGAUCGUGGCCGUGCAGAGACAGAGCGCUUCUCUACAGGAGAACAACACCACACUCCAGACGCAGAAUGCCAAGCUGCAGGUGGAGAACUCCACGCUGAGCUCACAGAGCGCCGCCCUCAUGGCGCAGAACGCUCAACUGCAGGGGCAGCAGAGCAGUGCGGAGGCCGAGCGCGAGGGGGCGCUGCGGGAGAAAGAGGAGCUCCGGUCAACCUACGAGCUGCUCCUUCGUGACCACGAUAAGCUGGCAGCGCUCCACGAGAGGCAAGCGUCAGAGUACGAGUCGCUUAUUGGCAAGCACGGCGGCCUCAAGACCUCCCACAAGUCUCUAGAGCAGCAGCACAGAGACCUGGAGGACAAGUACAAGCAGCUCCUGCAGAGGAAGGGAGAUCUGGAUGAGCUAGAGAAGAACCUCAAAGAGCAACAAGACAAAAUGUCUUCUGAGACCCAAAGCCACCGAGUCACCGCUGACCGAUGCAAACUGCUCAAAGAGGAAAACGACAGACUGAAUACAACAUAUCAGCAACUGCAGAGGGACAACGAGAACCUCCAGCUGGACCACAAAAACAUCAAGAGUCAGUUGAAUGGCGCCAAGCUGGAGCAGACCAAGCUGGAGGCAGAGUUCUCCAAGCUCAAGGAGCAGUAUCAGCAGCUGGACAUCACCUCCACCAAACUCACCAACCAGUGUGAGCUGUUGAGUCAGCUGAAGGGCAACCUGGAGGAGGAGAACCGCCACCUCUUGGAUCAGAUCCAGACGCUGAUGCUGCAGAACCGCACGUUGCUGGAGCAGACCAUGGAGAGCAAAGACCUUUUCCACGUUGAACAGAGACAAUACAUUGACAAGCUGAAUGAGCUGAGGAGACAGAAGGAGAAGCUGGAGGAGAAGAUUAUGGAUCAGUACAAGUUCUACGAUCCCUCACCUCCACGCAGGCGCGGCAACUGGAUCACAUUGAAGAUGAAGAAGCUGAUCAAGCCUAAAAGUCGCGAGCGGAUGCGCUCGCUCACAUUGACACCGUCGCGCUCAGAGUCUGGCGACGGCUUCCUGUCAUUUCCUGCCGACAGCCAAGACAGCUCUUCUGUUGGGUCCGGUUCCAACUCCCUUGACGACGCGCUCACGCACAAGAGGAGCAGCAGGAGGAGAGGCCAACGGUGCCUUGCCCAAGGGCAGGGCUCCACCAACGCCCUAAAACGGUUGCCUUUCAUGAGGAACAGAUCCAAGGACAAAGACAAGGCCAAAGCCAUCUACCGACGCUCCAUGUCCAUGAACGACCUCUUGCAAACCAUGACGGUGGCCGGCGGUCCGAGCGCUGACUGGACGGGCAGCACGGAGAACCUGGACGUGGCCGGAGAGGCAGGGGACAUAAGCGGCGUGCGGCGCGGAGGGGAUGGCGGCCGGCGCAUGAAAGAGCUGGCAUUCUCCACCAACGCCAUAGACUGCGCCGCCCUCACUCUGCCCUCGGUCGCUCAUGGGAGGGCCACACAGAGGCUCCGUGUCAAAGACAAUGCUUCUUGUGAGGAUGUCGCCGGCUCUUUGGACGACCCCAAGAGUCAAGCCUCCAGACCCUCCAGUCUCCAUAGCAACAGGACCACCAGUAGUAUUAGUAACAAUAACUCCCAACUCACCUCUCCUCUGGAGGGAAAAGGCACGUUGAACGGCAGCGCCAGUCGCCCUCACAGCGAGAGCAGCGGUGAAUUCAGCUUGAGUUUGGAGCAGGAGGCCUGGUCAAGCAGCGGCAGCAGCCCCGUCCAGCAACCGUCGUCGCGCUUGUCCCACCGAAGUCCCGGGCCCGCCCGAGGCGCCCUGGAUUCCUCGGCCGCCGCCGCCCCCCUUCCUGGAUGCAUCAAGAAGACUGCGUCCCCGGGCAACGAGGUGCUUUCACUGCAGCAGUUCCUGGAUGAGGGAAUCGACCCUGCUGAGUCGGGCAGUCAGGAAAAUCUCACCGUGGACUCGCCCCGCCUCGUGGCCUCAUCCGAGCGAGCGCAGAAGGAACGCCCUGCCACCCGGACCCGUGGCAUCCUGCGGUCGUCCAGCGGCAAAGCGGCGCCCGUCUCCGCCGAGCGCCCGCCCCGCUCUUCGGGCCAAGUGGGUCGCCCCAGCCUGCGCAAGGCGGAGAGCACGCGCGUGAGGGGUUCGGCGCGGCCAGGCCUGACCGCACAGGCGCGGGCGUCGUCAGUGUCGGAACGCCUAGACCGAGCGUCUGGAUCGGCGUCCACCCUGCCACGCGCCAGCAGCGUUAUCUCCACAGCCGAGGGCAGCUCGCGGCGCACCAGUAUCCACGACAUGCUUUCCAAGGACAACCGGCCACCCGUGUCUGUCGACGGGGUUCGAUCCCCGCCCGCGCCUAGUGAGUACACCCGAACGGGACCCCCGGGUACACCCCCCUUGCCAAAGUCCCUCAGCCUACCGUGCCCGAGCUCGGACGAAGCCGAGCUCCCUGCUCUCGAGUCCUUCCUAGGUCCGUCCUUCACCGCCGAGUCGGUCUUCAUGGACUCCAUCUUUAGCGAGUCAGUGGCGGGCAAAAGCCUCCCCUUCCUCUCCCUCAACCCCACCCUGGUCAGCAACAUCAGCGGUCCUCCCGGGGCCUCGUACCCGCCUAGCCAAUCGGACGCCCCAGAAGGGUCUGAGCGUUUGGACGCCGAGGACAAUCAGCUGUGGUUCGAGUACGGGUGUGUGUGA